UGUUAAUAUUUUAAUAUUUAUAUUUUUAUGUUAUGUUUAAGUCUAUUAAUUUGUUUAAGUUUAUUGAAAAUCAUUCAAUCGAGAUUGUACAUAAAGAAUGAAUAUAUAUGUCGAACAUUCAGGAAAAUACCAUCCUCAUAUAAAAAUAUAAAAAUGUAUCAUUAAUCUCAUUUUCAUAAUGAUAAUUGAGCCCCCAUUAAAAUGAUAUUGGUUAAUAGAUUGUCCAGAAAUAUAUAAUAUAAAAGCUCAUUGGGAUUCCCACACGAUCCAUAGAUAGUUUGAAACUGAAAUGAAACCUCACAAUCCCACAUAAAUGGUUCAAAACUCUCCUCUAUGAAUAACAUGCCAUUAAUAAAAAAGAAAUGGAUUUAUAAAAAAAACAGAAAUGAAGAGUUGUUGAUUCAAGUAAAUCAUAUGCUAACAACUCAACUAAAAGGAGACCAUCAAAACUUGAAAGCAAAUGACAAAAUUAGAGUUACAUCCAAUAUACUAAUAGACUCGAUCAAAUUAAUGAGGCACAAAAUUAGACACUCCUUAUCUACACGUUCCAGUAGUUUGAAUAGUGAAUCAACCUUAACUUUAGUAAAUCAAUCAAUGAUUCCUCGUUUUAACAUAAACAUAGGUUAUGGUAGUUGCAACAACCGUAACACCUAAAGAUCCAAUAGUUUCUACUCUCCGUUGUACAACCAACUCUUUAUUCCCUCCAUCUUCAAUCUCUCGACGUAUAUGUUUUAAACCAAAAUUCAAUUUCUAAUCCUCCUUCUGCAACUCCAUUUAUGCUACUUUGAUGGACCUUCUCUACAUGAACCUGAAUUUCUCUUUCAAUUGAGUUUCUUGUCAGCGUGAACUCCAACUCCUCAAUCCUCUUUCUUGUAUUUGGCCAACUCAUCUUCCUCGGGGCAGUUUUAAUAAGCUCGUAAAACCAACACUCAUCUUUAAUUCCAUCAAUAUGCUCUUCUCUUCCUUCUCUGCCUUCACCUGAUCUAGUUCACUUCCAUGCCCUUCAAUAUCCUCUCCAUUUUCAUUAAUAUCCUGAUCAUCUAACACUUCUCUCUCUUCAACUGCUCCGAUUUUGCUUCUAUGUCUUUCAAUACCCUCCUUGAUUCAAUCACUACCCUGACCAACUGCCUCUUCACUGCCUUAACUUGCUGCAAACUACUUCCAUGACUUCUUAUACACCUUCCUCAAAAUCACAAUCAACUAACCAAUAUCAAUCCAUGGCCUUGGAUCAGUUUUAAACUCUCUAUGAACAUCUCAAUACCACAAAGUCUAAAUCUAAAUAUUCUUUCAGUUCAUCAUGAACUUGAGUUUAUCAAAAUCUAAUCCACUCCUUCUAAGUUGGAAUUCCCAUCCCCCAAGCUCAUUUUUGUACAUUUGAUUCCACAUAACCAUGAUAUUAUACCUCUAACUAAAAUAAAUCAAAGCAUUUUACGAAAGAAACUGAACCAUGAACUUUACCUGCUACCAAAUCCAAACACAAUUUCUUCCUCUCACCACUUCCCUUAAUCCCUUCCCAAACACAAUAUCAACUUUUACUCCAAGUACACACUCCCAACUCCCAGUAUGUUGCGUGAAAGCUUAAUUUUAGCAAUCAUUAUGCUUGCAAUUAGAUUAAUGGACACCAGCAAGUGCCAAAAUUCCACCAGACGAUCAGUUGUCUUCACUUUGAGCUUUGUCAUAAAACUGCUGGCCCGAUAUGUUUAUCAGUUUGGAGGCCAUAUGAUGAGCAAUACCGAAUCAGUUGCAGUGAAGUUACCUGUCACAGUAGUGACAAUGUGAAACAUGUGUUAACAAACGCGAAUAUGGGUUACUUUUAUGGAUUGCCAUUAGAAUGAUUGGAUUGGACAAUGAGAUCGUCCUUAGUUAAUCGACAUGUAAAUUGGUUCAUUUGGUAUGGAGGGCACAAACAGUUAAAAUUCUAAAUUAUUUUGGGUGAGUUUGUAUUUAGUGUUUUCAAAAUCGUGGUAUAUGAGUUAGGUGAUUAAAAUAUCUAAACCAAACGAACCGACCCACUUACACCCCUAAGAAGAGUUUCAAAAGUUAGUAUUUAACCAGACAAAAAUGUUCAGAAAACCAGUCCCCUAUAGUUUGCACAAAGAUAUGAUUGUUUCACUAUAGUUCUGGAAAUUAAUGGUAAUUUAAGAAUUCUAUAUCGCUUAUACAUAUUCAAUACUAUAAUUCAAUAUGAAAUAUUUGAACCAACAAUAUUUUGGUUGCAAAUUUAUGGUUAUCGUCUAUUUAUAAGAUAGAUAAAAUUUUAAAUUAGUAUUAAAUUAUAAUUAAAAUAAAAAAUAUCAAAAUCGAAGUAUCAAAACACCAAAUAAGUACUUACGGAAUAUUUAUUGGGCUAGCUAAUUGUUGAAAAGUUCUGUGAUUUCAUAUUUUAGCUUCGUAUAUAUUUUUAAUUUAAAAAAUACAACAAAUCUACAUAGUCUGAUUGAUUUUAAACCUUCACUUUGUUUGAUGUGACCAUGGUUCAAAUCUCAAUACGUCUAUCUUUUUCUGUAAAUAAAUAAAAAUACAGAUAAUUGUAAAGACAAAAAUAUCCUUCCUAAUUUCCCUCUCAUUGCAGGAAAUUUGAAAAGAGAGUUUAAGUUUCAAAUAAUUAAAUCAUAUACCCUAAACCUAUAGAACUUAAACCCUAAUAUCACAUAUACUAAGAACAUAAUCAAUGAUCCUGAUUCGCCAAGAUGUAUACAACAUACCAUAUGCACUAUAUUAGGAUUUAGAGAAUUAUGAUAUGGGGUUUAGUUACGUGAUUAAUCUAUGGUCGAGAUAAUGUUAUUUAACUAAGGAGAUGCAAUAACCCUCAAUCCAUCAAGCGUACCAUCUAAUUUCCAAUGUAUAUCGCAUAUAAUUGUUUGUUAAAUUUAGCCAAUGAUAAUUGGCUCAUUUGUCAAUGGUAUUUAGUCUUUCAAUUCUAUGCUUAUAAUUGUCAACCAUUAAGUUGAACUUACAAAUUUACCCCUAACUACAAUUAAGGAGAGUGCAAGGAAUUUGAAAUGCUCAAAAUCUACUAAAGAACGGCUAUUUCGAGAAAAUCUUAUAAGAAAGAAAAUUAUCCUUCUUGUGAAGAUCAUUCGUUCUUUUAGACUUUGAAGUUAAUAUUUUAUUUUAUUAGACAUAUAAUCCAAGAUCAAUACAUUAUUUUUAUUUUAUAAUUAAAAUUCUUGUUUCUUAAACUGGUCCCCCCCCCAUCAAGUCUCACCUAAUGUGGUAAAAAAAAUUCAUAAUCUACAUAUGGUCGUACUCGUCCAAAUACAAUGUCCUACUAUUUUGCUGAUGAUGUGUGUUUAUGUUGUAAACUAGUGUUAAAGGUUAACACCACUACAGUCAAUUUCAAGGAAAAAGGACCCAGUAAUAAUUAUUAAUAAUAUAAUGCAAAUUAAUGA